AUGUCUGGCUAUUAUGUUGGACCAUUCGGUCGUAUGUUACCCGGAAAAGAUGCGGCGUCUUCGGAGCAACCCAUGGAGCGAGGAGCUAAUCGGUCAGAACCCGGGGAUAACAACCCUUACCAGCUUCCACCUCCACGACCGGCCACCCUACAAUUUGGAUCAGAUCCAUUCUUACGACAGCGCCAACAAACAGAAUCACAUGAACCAGGAAGAACACCACCAUCUACAGAAGCCCCUUCACAACAACUUCCAUCGGUUAGGUCCCUGUUGACGCCCGUCUCCGGCCCAACCUCACCACCGACAUACCAUCAGCCAUACAGUGCUCCCCCAACGCAUACUGAACAUCGCGAUCAGGCUUAUCCAUUUCGUCAACAUGAAUCCAGCGUUGUUUCACCACUCGGUGGACAAGAUAGACCCGGUCGCCCGGACUCUUUACCUCAGCCGUAUACCCCGAGUCUACCGCCACUCUCUCAGGUAGCUAUGGCAAGCCCGAGAGACAUGAUUCACCACGCAUCUCGCAGCGAUCCCCUAUCGGCAACUAUGCAUAAUCGACAAUUGCCUCUUCAUGCUGCUACUUUCCAGCAUGAAUCAGUUCCCGCCGCCGGCGAGCUUUCUUCUCCCGAAAGUGGUCGAACUUCCACUCUGCCCCAUGUGGUAGAUGAAAAGUAUAUCGAUGGUGAAGGCUUCUGCUUUGUAUAUGCGGAUGGAUCGCACGUCCCGAAAACCAUCGACGGAAUCCCAGUGAAUGCUAACUGGGGUGUAACAAAGGCGGGCAAGCCAAGAAAGCGUCUUGCCCAAGCAUGCCUCACCUGUCGCGAGAAGAAGAUCAAGUGUCAACCGAAUCUGCCAAAAUGUGACCAGUGCCAAAAGUCUGGCCGCGAAUGCAGAUUUGAGAGCGCUCCCCGCGGAAUCCGCUCUUUCAGGGGAUCUCAGUCGACUGCAAUGUCCGGAGGAGUUGACGGAGAGGAUUUCUCUCCCGGUCCAUCGGGACACUCAGAGGUUUCACCUUCGAUCUACAACAUGGGGCGAGCCUCGGAGAGCGCUACCUCUCUCCCAGGGACAAGUGGGCAUUCUCCAAUUUCCGAGGGUGCUAUUAUUACCCCUGGCACCGAGGGCGCACACGAGACGGAUACAGAGAGAGUUUACCGAGCCCGAGGACAUCGAAUGCCGCGUCAUUAUUCAGAAGGUGAUUCUGCAGCCCAGUCACCGAAGAAAUUCGAAUUCAAUCGUCGACAGAAAUACUCGGAAAUAAUUGGGAAUUUGCCGGAAAUAACCCCAGACGACCCACUCGCCGGCUACUAUAACAUCGAUCCCUAUGAGAGUGACCCAGAGAUGACUCUCCAUUAUGUUGAAUCAUUUUUCUCGAACGUCAACGACAGCCUUUACCAUAUAUUUCCCCAUGCGCGUUUCAUUCUUUGGCUGAGAUCCUGCCACACGAAAUCCAACGAGGACAAGAUGUUACUCUAUGCAAUCCUGGCCCUGGGAUCAAUUUUUUCGGAGCGACCUGACAAGAUUGGAGCACUAAAACAAAACUACCGAAUCGCUCGCUUUGCGAUACAGAAAAACCAAUACACGCUGUCUCUGCAGCUCGUGCAAAGCCAUAUCGUCAUGAGCCUGUUGUACUACGCCACGGGAUCCUUGUUUGGGUCUUGGGAUUCAAUUGGUGCUGCUACACGCGCGGUUUCUGGACUGCGAUAUAACAUGGAAUCUGGAGGUGUCGUUGUGGACCAGAAUCAUGCCUGUGACUUUGGAUUACACCCACAAGCCUUGAUGGAAUGCCGCCGACGCACCUUUUGGGUGGCAUUUAUCUUAGACCGAGUCUCUAGCCUCUUCUUGGAGGCAUCCUCGACUUCUAUCUCCUCGGAAUCCGUCCUGAUCCGCCUACCAUGCAGAGAAGAGAUCUACGAAGCGCAGCAAUAUGCGACGGCCCCAUACUUCCAAUCCAUCCUUAACCAAGGCACCCUCUCCGUUGAGGAUGAUCGAUCCUCAUUAAGCACAAUGGCCUAUUUGAUUCAGAUCCUGUCCGUCUGGGGCGACGUGUCUCAUCACAUCUUCCGUUUGUCGCACACACCACCCGAUAGGUACGCCCAGCUCGCCGAGGAGGUCCACACUUCCGCCAUCCGGCAAACGGACGACUGGACGAAACAACUACCCGAACACCUCGCAUUCUCAGCGUCGAACCUGGAGCGAGCCUGUCAAACGAAGAAGACAGAUUCCUUCGUUUCGAUGCAUAUGUUUUAUCACGCCACUUUGACAAAGCUCUACAGGAACGUCCGAUAUCAAAGUCUCCGAUCAGACGUGCUAGCCGAGUACGUCCAUCGAGCUCGAUACCACGCAGUGGAGACAUUGAGAAUUGCCGUGGCUACUCUCCAAUACGCCAAAGAGCUAGAAGCUUCGCAGAGCUCUGCCGAGUUUUCACCCAGAGGAAUCUUUCUGAAUCCCUUCUUGGGCCAUGUGAUUCUGUCUGCCGUGGACGUUCUAAGUGCAGCUGGAUUAUUGGUUGAUCUGCCCAACUGCGUUUCCUUCAUCAAUGGUGCUCUCGAAACGGUCCAUAUGUUUGGUCGCAAUUGGGACAUCUCGCUGGAGCUGGCAAACAUCAUCCAGAAGCGUCUGGAUUCGAUGGCUGAUUGCUUGAAGGACCGAGCGAGCUCUCAAGAUAAGCUUUGCUUUACAUUGGAUGGCCCAUCACUCGAGAAAAAAGUCCACAAAGGCGCGCCGAGCUCCGCAGGUAUCCCUGAUGACGAUGUAUUCUAUGGAAGCAUGCCGCGAGAAGCCCUUUUGCGCGCAAUGAGGGUCGAUGAAAACAGCAUCUCAGAGAAAAACAUCGUCUGGCUGAGAGAUCGCUAA